CCCUGCUGACACCCUGAAACGGCGCAGGGUGGGCUGUGGCUCCAGCCAGCCGUGGGAGUGGGGAAACUAAUGAGGAUGGGCUCUGCCGCCAAGCGCUCCCGCAUCCCACAGCUCCCACGGUGCCGCUGCCGAGAGGUGUGCGAGCGGCUGGCCAGAAGGAAUAAAGGCAACUGAGCCCCCCUCCCGUGCCUCACCACCCGCGGGCAGGGUCCCGGGGAGCCAAGCGCGGCUCUGGGGUCCCACCGGAGGGGACCAUCCCAGCUGGCUUUCACUGGAGGCUGGAUUUUGCAGUUCCCCUGCCCGGUCUCCCACGCACGCAGGUAAACGGAUUCGGCACCCACGGCACUCUCAGACACCCCAAAAGGCUCUUCACGAUGACUGCCGGCCUGGAGAAAGCCUGCCACCGGUGCAUAUCGAAAAUUGCCAGCAAUGCAUGCUUUAUAUUUGGGCUCCUCGCUUUCCUUGCCUUACCACUCUCCAUGACUUUUACAGGAAUGAAGUUUUUGGAAGAUUGCCCAGUUCAGCCACUAAUUCCAUUAUAUCUGUUGGUGGGUGGCGUGAUUGGCAGCUUAAAGGUGACUCUCCUGCUGUACGACUCAACCAGGAUGAGGCAGCUGCUUUCCAAGUCUGUUGUGAUUGAUGAUGAUGACGACGACGAAUAUCCCUGGAGGCAGAAUGCUCACAAGUACUACAUCCAUCUAACCCUCAGCCUUUUCCUCUUUCUCUGGUUCAUUCUUGGGAACUACUGGGUUUUUUCUGUGUACCUGCCAAAUUUCAUCCCACCUUUCCAUCAGCCUCAGGAUUACUGUGACAAAACCCUGUACAUUUUUGCUGUUGGUGUUCUCAUUAUUAGCCAUACUGUUCUCUUUCUCCUUAUCUUUUGUAGCUGCUGCAUAUAUUGUUUUUCCAGGCAAAGAUACUCCUCUGAGGAAGACUAAAUGCCACAUAAAUGAAGCCCCAGAUGUUUGGGAAAGAGUGUACAACAAAGGACAGGCAAUAAUUCACUCUUGUGUACAUCUUUGUUGUACUAUAUAUAUGUAUGAUAGCAGUCAACUGCAAGAGGAAAUUGUAAAAUACAGUGCCAUCUGGAAAUAGCUAAGCUGGAAUACAGCAUAGUCAAUGUAAAACUGCUGCUACAGAUGCCACGGUGCGCUCUUGCUAACUUCUACAUCCCUUUUUUAACUGUUGGAUAUUCUAUUUGGAGUAAGCUCUUGCAGAUGGCAAACUCCUCUAAAACCAGGGCCCCUUGUGUUAUUUCAGCAUAAUACAUCUUCGCCUAUAAAAGAAGCCAUGUUGUCCUCUUCGCUGGGAUCUGAAUACCUCUGUAGCCUUGCUGAGGUAUGUUACUGUCCCUGCAUUACAGACGAGGGAGCUGAGACAACGAGAUAAAGGGCUGUAUUCAGACCACUUUGCAUGGCGCAUGGACUUUGACUAACUUAGAUGCUCACCAGAGAGCUAUUCAGGCCACUGUUAGAUCAGCCAGUAAGUAGCUACGAUAGCAAUACAAGCAUGUAUAAAAGGCAGCCUGAAUAUGACCCCCAGGUCUCUUCUGAACUUGGAUUAGAAAGCAUCUGUAACUAACUUUGGUGCUAAAACAGUCUGAAUAUAUCCACACAUAUCCAAUACAUCCAAACUGAGCCACAGCCACUUUGCAAGUCCUCGGCAGAACAAGGAACUGAGCUACUGAGUAUCAGAUCAGUGCUUUAACCAGGGCCCAGCAUUCCCCAGUCUGGGGAGACUCCUCUACUUUUUGUACAGCAGCAAUUUGUCAGCACCACACCAACACAAAGAUGGUUAUCAAACCACUGUGAUCAAGUUCAUAGAAAAACUGAUGAUGUUAUGUUGGUAUUUUAAAUAUAAAAUGAUGAUAAGGCAGGGAUGUGAGAAUUUCAGGAGGAUGUGUUCACUACAGCAGUUCUCUGGUUGUGGUGUGAGUGUACAUUUGAUUUGUUCACCUUGGUGCUGUACAUACUGAAAUCUAUACUUAAUGGACAGAUGUAAUGCGAAGAGCUUUUAAGCCAAGAGCAGUGUCAGCUUUAAAAGCACCAGCAUGCACAGAGACAAUUGUUUUGUGACAUGUAGUGGAACAAGCCCAUAACCAGUCCUGGUAGAUUGUUUUUUCAUGUGUUGAUGAAUGCAGUGUAAAAGUGCUCUUUCUGCUUUUGCUUUAUGCACCUCUGCUAAUAUGGUCAAAACGGAGGGGUUCCCCUCUCGAUAAGCACAAGGGUGGCCCCAGGCACAGGAAGAGGAUGUUCGUUUUGGGUAUUUUUUCUAUUAAAACCCACACAGCUGAAACCUACGUUUUAGAGAAACCUAAAAGAGUUAUACUAUGCCUGUGGAAGGGUGACAUCUGUAAAAGAACCUCAACAAUAUGCCACAGCUGAACCGGCUCCGCUCAACCAUCCUUCCUGGGACGGAGGCUGAACACAGCAUAACAUCUGUGGGAACCACCUGUCUUCAACCACGAACAUUUAUCUCAGGGGCUAUUGUAUAGAUAACUAAGGGUGCAUUUGGUUCAUAAUGAUUUUAAUUCAGGCCCUGGCUGUAAGAAUUGUUCAUUUCCAGAAAACUAAUCUUAGAAAGAAGGUAGGAUAAAGGGUGAAAUAAUCUGACAAGAUGGCAGCAUCAGUGUAGCAUUCCCCUGCUCUGCAGCAGCCACUCAGGAGAAAUCACAGUCAGGCUGUCCCUGCUCAAAAACCCAUGGAAUGGCAAUUACUAACACUGCUGGCUGACUUAGGCCAUGCACGGUUGCAUAUGACCAAUGCAAAUCUUUGCUUUUAUUCGUGGGCCUCAGAUCAUGUCUGGGAGAAAUCACAGGUUGUGUUUUCCCAAGAGCUGCUCCAGCCCACGCUCUCCACUGCCUCUCUAAAGGUACUACACAUUUCUGAAACACAACUGCUGCCAAUGGUGGAAUGCUAGAAUUCCUCCUUCCCACCCCAAAUACUUCACCGGCUCAGCACCUGGGCUCCUGGAUUUCAGUAUUCAGUUCUGAACUGGUGUAAGUGAUUUUACCUUCAGUGGAGAGCAUCUUUCAUUCAUUAAGAUGCCAAAGUCUUUAAGAAGGCAUAACUCCAUCCAUCACUCGAAUGCAACAAAGCAGCUGUUUAUCAUUACACAUGAACUUUACCCAAAAGCUUGGAACUGGCAUAAAAAAAAGAAGAAAAUUAUACUCAGUUGAUAACGCAAAAUAAAUUUAAGAAGAAAGAAGCUACGUACAUUCCACCCAUAGAAUUCCAGCACAAACUUCCCUGUUCUAGCAAAACGCUGCUAGAAUCAUUCUUGAUGACAAAGAAUUAAGGGCUCAUACUCCUGAUUAAGUCUGAAUUGAUUCUCAUGCCGCUGCACAUCCAGUGACCUUGCAGCAAGUGAUGGUGCGUGCGCUCCUAUCUCAGCAAAUAUGAGGUGAUUUUAGCCCAGCCCGGAGGAGAAGAGAUGUAAGCUAAGUCUCAUUGCCUUGCAUUUUCUCUGUGCCUGUGUGAGCAUAGUUACAGCAGCUCAGCAGAUGUGCAAUGAUUUAUCAAACUUCAGCCACACAACAGUAAGCCUGAGGCCUAUGUCUCAUUCACAGGAGGGUUAGAUGGACUAAUUCUCCACAGUCCACCAUGGAGGCUUAAUUCUUUAGGGAUGAGAACACAGUGCAUUCACUGACAUCUUGGGAAAGUGCUGCCAAAUCACAGUGCCAGUGUUCAGUACCCGGUUGGCACAAAUGCAAAAUGAUAAAGGAGGUAUUUACGAAGAAAAAGGCAUUUGUGAAAUAUUUUGAAGUUAUACAGAGUAAACAAAAUCCUUUGUUAUGACUGGGAGAGGAAAAUUCUGAAUUGAUAGUAUUUACCUUUACUUGUGUACAUCAAUAAGCAAUGGCACAUGCAAGUGUGAACAUCAACACCUCCAAAAUUGUUGGAGCCAUCAAUUGUGUAUCCAGAGUGAUCUGUGCAGACCUUCUGCACUUUCACUGCUACUGCCUCCUUCAGCAGGCUGGAAUCAUGCAGGUGUGGGGCGGGGACACCUGGUUUUGGGCAUAUGAUUAAAUACAACUGAAUUACAGUGACUUAUUAAGCUACCACUCUUCUCCUGACCCACCAUCAGCAGCAUAGUUUCUCUUGGGUUGCUCCAGUGGAUAAAUAAAGCACUCAGUUUAAACACAAAUUAAAGUAGUUUAAUUGAAGGCACUUUAUCUCACUUCGGGGUAAGCUAGGAACAUGUGGAUGGUCCACAGCACCUUAACUUGCAAACAGCAACUUUUUAAAUUGCCACAAACUGAUGGUGUCCCAGACAUAUGCUCAGCCUCUGAAGAAGCAGGCACGCUUCCUCAGCAAACAGCUGUGGGAGAAUUAAGUCAUUACAGCCCAAAGGUCAAAUGGCUGAAAAUACAAACUACACCUUGGUGUGAAAAUGUUUAAUAUUUUGCCACUAGAUUAAAAUUACAGAUAGAAAAUGUUCAUUUUUUUUUUCACAAUAAUAUAAAUGUCUUCUGGAAAUGGAAAAAAAUACACCCUUAAGCUAAUUUUUAUGAACUCAGAAAUUUGUUGAUUACAAGGCAGGAAACCAGAUGUAACUGUUCCAGUUAAAUCACCUCCCCUUCUUGGGAAGCAAAGAUCUAUUUCUAGCUUUUAAAGGAAAAAAUGUACAUGAUUUCAAUGGAUUAGACAGCCUGCUCACUGCUAGCUGGGGGUACUACAGAAAUCUAGUAAUAUAAAGACAGAAAGACACUUCUGCAUGCACGCACAGACUCUAGACAUCUACAUAUCAUAAAUGCAAUGGUAGCAGCCAUGAAAUAAAUCACACUUAUUACAGUUCAUUGCCCACAGUAUAUUUCUCCUCCCACUACUCCACCUUCUUCAGCAAUGGGCACAGUAUUCCAAAGCUCUAGGGAGCAGCCUCCCACAGCUAUUUUAAAAGCUGCAUCCAGACAGGCAAAUGCUUUGUUCCUUUAUUCCAAAUGUUGAACACAGAUAGCUCCUGCCUCUGGACCCACAGAGGAGAGGAAAGAUUAGCAUCAGACAUAUCACAGACCUCAUCUCCUCAGGAGCAGAAACAGGAAUGUUGUGCUGUUGGAGAAGAGAAGUAGACCUCUCUCACACAGGACUUGCUCGGAGCUUUAUGAGGUCCCAAGAAAUCAGACUUUAAAACUAGAAGGUGCCUGUGCAGAAAAAAAUAAAGAUGCAGAAGCUAUUCUAGGUUAUGUCAAGAGCUGUUCUGAACGUCUCAGAUCCUAAAAUGUGAACAGUGGAUGUAAAUGAGCCUAAAUGCUUUGACUUUACAGGCAAAGGGCUACAAACAUUAAACCAGUGAUAACUUCCAUCCACUGUACAACAUUCUAAUCUAGAUCAGUUUUUGUAAGUUAUCUUUAAUUUUAUCUCUGAUUAUUCAUCUUCCUGAGAUUCUAGUUGAUAGGGAUUUUGCAUCAUUAUGAAGACCCAUGUGUAUUCUCCAUAUAAUAUAGAAAGGACCGCAAUUUGAAAUUGUUGCUUCUUGGCUUAUGUUUCUUGAGGCUCCUCUUCACUACUGCAGUACAGGAAAGUCCCAUAGAUGCUAGCCAUAAGAGGAAAAAGAAAACAUUUUUAGACAGUAUAAUAUUUGAGGGGAAAUACAAAAGAAUCACAAAUGUCAUCUGAUAUUGCACAGUACAAGAAAACAAAGUACAAGAAAACUGCUAACAAGAACAAUUUAUAUUGCAAGAACAGGUUUCUGAGAAAAUUGUAUGAAGUUCUGAGAAAUCACAUAUACAUGUUUGUAACAGCGAAUUUAUACCAAAAAAAUGCAGGAAGAUAUUGACCAGCGUAAUUGCAUGAGCCUGUGCGAUCAGAGUUUAAAAAUUACGGUACUUUACAUUUACCAGUCACGUUAAUUAUAAUCAACCCUGCUGCAAUUUCACUGAGAUGAAUAGUUAUAUCAGAGGCUGAUUUUGCCCACAGAUUUGAAUCUAAGCCAAACUGACUCUUAUGCAUGAUUGCUAAUGCUCAAGCAAAGGGGGACUCUGUGAUACCUUUCUCUGUGCUGCAGCAUAACAGCUGAAAUGUCAGAGAUGCUCUGAGAUGCAAACUGUGGGCCUGUAGACCAAUAUACAUGAAAUCUUUUUUGAACAAGGUCCUCUUGAUGUCCAUGCGAGUUAGGUACCUGCAUAUCUUAUGGAUUUGAUUCUCAGCCCUUUGGAAGAAAACAUUUAGCCUUUCAGGAUCAAUAUGAAAUGAGUACACAGGGUGCAAACAGUGGAGAAGAAAAAUCCACGAUACACACUUAUUCACAAGUUGCUAUAGACAACACCUUUUUAUUAUCAUUGCUUAUUUUUGCACUCUGUACUGCUAUUCUACUUCUGCAUGG